AAGAAGAAGAAGAAGAAGGGCCAUCCCACUGGUCCGACACGGAAAAUGACCUCGACUAAAACACAGAUUGCACUUCACUAGUUCCGCGAAAAGGAAAAACAGCCAAUGCAGUCAUCACUUUCAGCCAAUAUCGAUCAGCGAUCAACCGUGUGGCUGGAACAUCGCUCGUAACUCGGCGAGCCUACAGCAGCACCGACCGGGGGGACCGCGUCCCAACAUGAUCCGCGUGUGGACGCACUGAUAAGACUGGUAGCUAGCUCACCUGUUUGUGUCGGGGUUGUGAUGGAGAACGUCGUGGAGCCUUCGCCCCUCCGGAUCACCCCUACCGUCCGGGCGCUGAGCUCCGCACUGCGGGGGAAGCGCGAAGAUGUGCCCGAUUCCAGCCGGAGAAACGGCCACAGGAUCUUCCCCGAGCCGGAGAAGCUCUGGUUCAAGGAGAGCAGCGCCAAGAACCUGCGGAACAGGGACUUUCUGUCGCCGACCACGAUGCUGAACACGCUGUACGCGGACGGACAGGUCCCUCCAGCUGUGAUGUCCAGGGUCCUGUCCCUUCGUGGUAGCGGGGUCCUCCCUGUGGCGGGUGGGGAGGUGACGGGUGAGGGGCUGAGGGUGAGGGUGGACAGGGCUGCUGCCUUCGGGGCCGUUCUGGCAGGCGGAGCCACCGAGUACCUGAAGCCUUCAAGUCCGAGGCAGGGCUGUGUGGUGCUAAACUGCCCCGCGCUGCACCCUAAACCCAACACACCCACUCCGGACACACUGACUCUAGGCCAGCUCAGGACAGUUCUGUUGGCCGACCACAUGGGGGCGCUGCUGAGAGGACAGGGAUUUGCAGUGUCCUAUUGCCCCACACUUCCUGAAGACAGCGACAUCAGCGCCUUCCUCCAAGCUCUAGGAAUCGAUUGGCCGACAGCCCCAGCCAGCUGCACCAAUGAGGAGCGGGAGGAGAAGAUCCAGGAGGCGCUGGAGAGCUGCCCGUACAGAGAGAGGGAAACAGAGAGAGGCAGGAGGACCAGCGGAGGGGGGGGGAGUAAGGCAGAUGAUGGGGAGAAUGAGAGAGGGCUGAGGGUAAACCUGAAAAGAGUGUUCCAGGAGGAGGGGCUGCUGGGAUACGACCCUAGCCUUGGUACCUGCACAGUACACGGGGACAGUGUUUCACACCUGGCACAACUGGACCUAGCCACAGCUGACUGCACAGUCGCCAUGGCAACUGCAUUACAUGUGACUUCCUGUCAGGAUGAGUUCCGCCAGCAGCAGAUUGCAAUGCUGUGGCGAGCCAGUGGAGCGUCACACACACAGAGACAUCUGGUGUGUGGGCCUGUGAAGACUCCUGGUUCUCAGCUCACUGCUGCACAGUACCUGCAGCUGAGAAGAGGGCAGAUGAAGGAGGCCUCAGAGAUGAAGUAUGGAGAUCAAGUAGAAGGUCAAACGUGGGAUGACAUCAUCAGGGUCAUGACCUCUGCCACGGUCAGAUUUGAGCUGCUGUCUACAGUCCACACUAGUCCUGUGACACUGGACGUCCAGAGGGAAGGGGGCGUGUCCACCAAAGGGCCGAGAGGAGGAGUGUUUGUGAUGUACAACUGUGCCAGACUUCACACUCUGUUUGACAGCUACGAGAGAGGAGUGGAGAAGGGUCUUUACCCAGAAAUCCCUGAGGGCUCCAAGCUUGAUUUCUCCGCUCUGAAAGAGGAGGGCGAGUGGCUCCUCCUGUUCAAUUACCUCAUCCCAUUCUCCGAGCUGAUGGACCAAUCAGGGCAAGCGUUAGACGGAGAAGGGGGAGGGGCCAGAGUCAACAUUAAGACGGAACAGAUCUGCAAAUUUCUCGUGUCUCUCAGUAAAGACUUCAGCUCGUACUACAACAGAGUCCACGUGCUGGGGGAGCCGCUGCCUCAUCUCUUCAACCAGAUGUUUUGUCGUCUGUAUCUGUUGAGAGCCUUGAGGGAGCUGUACCACAGCGCUCUGGACACACUCAACCUUCCACCCAUCAGGCAACUAUAGCCUCGAUAUUAUUCACUCCUUCAAUCAUUGUUUGCCCUACCUCCACACACACGCACACACACACACACACACACACACACACGUAGCUUCAUCGUAUAAACACUUUGCUUGGAAAUGACACAUUCGUAGCUUUCCCUCUUUUUGUGGCAUUGUUACAGCCGGUUCUGAGAUACUGCUCCACACGCUCACUAUGCGAAUGCUUCCUGUAGCUGGACACACGUGUAAUACGCCACUACCCUUCAAUCCUGUAAUGUGACAACGGUAAACUCUGAACCUCUGCACACUGAGUUCAGCUUAAUAUGUGUGGGCGGAUUUUGUUGGAGAAUGUGCACAGCUGUUCAUAUUGUCAAAGGAAUAUGUUUAAACAUUUUGCCCUGAGCUUAGUUAGUUAGUUAAGCUUAUAUUGGCACAAAGACUGAAAGCAUUGAGAAACGGCCUGGAUCUGUCCAAGGUUAGGAAAGGAAAAGUUAACAAAAACUUCCUAUCAGCUCCUCAAAAGCUCAUGUAUACUUAAUAAUCUGUACACAUUGACAACAAUUUGUGUCCUUUACUAUGCUGAUUUUUUGGCUCCACUGGACUCCCUGGGGGGGAAAAAAUCAUCCCUAGCUGCAACUAUGAAACUCACAAAUUAGUGCAAUAUAUCUCCUUUGUUUAAUCCAUACAGAAACCAAAGUGUAAAAACAACAAUUUGAUAUUUUAGUUGGACUUUUUCUUAUCGAGGACCAGUUCCCAUGCAACCAGUGGAGACGCAAAAUAAAACAACAAAUUGUCAUUUUUACACUGCAGUUCUCAUAAUUAUUAAACCAGCUUCACAGAUGCUGAUUGUUGUGCUAAACUAAGCUAACCAGCUGAAUAUUUGGUAUUGAUCUCCUCCCCCAAGUCUCUGUAAGUGAGCACAUUUAUUUUCCAACAUGUCAAACUAUUCCUUCACUUUUGGAUUAGCAGCUACGUUCAGGUGAAGAUUUCCCUCCAUCAUACGUAACAAGCAGCAGAACCUUUUAACAGCCAAAUGUUCUCAAAUGUGUCAGCGUAUCAGUCAGUGAAGGUGGGACGUUAAUAAUCUGGCAAACCUCCACUUUGCAAUGAUAAAUUCUUCUCUAAGUGUGCGAACAUGCAGCAGACUUUUAUACCCUUAAACUUGGCAACCCACAAAAGUUUUGGUCCUGUAAACCCAAAACAAAUCCAGGUGUCCCACCUGAGCUGUAGUAAGACUUUAUCAACUUUCUAAAUUGAUUAAUUAUAAUCCCCCCGUAAUGUAGUGUCACGAACAGUAUGUCCUCUUUGAAAUAAUGCCUGAAAAAAAAAUCUUACUGUUAAUGACGCUUUUGUAUUGUUCCAUGUGUGUUAAGCCACCUUGCAUUUGUCAAUCCCAUACAAAUAUUUAUUGUCAGUUCUAAAAACUGUGGACCUGCACAGAAUAUAUAUUCUGCAUAAUGAGUCUUAAUUGCUGUGUGCGUAUGAUUACCCAGAGCCCCUCAGAUUACUUCUAGUUAUCAUGCUUGACAAAUCACAAAUGUUCAGUAUCGAACCACGUUGUUGAUAAACAGGUGCAACCAAGUACAUUAGCAGCAUCUAGGAUCUUGUGCCAAAAUGUUAGGAAAUGCAUGAAAUGGCAUGAAAAUAAUAUAUAUAUGAAGAAUUUUAUGAGAUAGACGGUUAUUUAUAAACUGUGGGAGGGGAAUCAUUAUGACCUGAAGUAUCUCUGAAACUGGGAAAUUAUUUUAUUGCCAUUGCAGUUACCUACUGUCUGUUAAAAUGUGCCAUAACUUGUUUUAAACUUCAGUUGUCGUUUUUUUAAAGUAAUUAUCUCUUGUUGAAACAAAACUGUUGUAUUGUACACAAAGAUCAAAAAUCUUACAAAUUCUCUUGUCACUGCAUGAAAUGUUGUUUGUUCCUGAAUCGUCUGGAUUUUUAAAAAUGGACAUUUUGUUCACUAAAGAAAAGGGAAGUGGGUGAUUGCAAUAAGCUGAUUUAUUUACAGUAAGCUUUGUGUUAACUGCCAUUGGAAUUACAGCGGUAUUAAAAAAGCAGAGAUGCAGGAUGACUUUUUUGUUCAUAUUAUGCUCGAUACUGUAUAGAUGCAUUAUGUUCACUUACAUCAAUUGUGUGUUUCUCGUGCUGCCAUGUUUUCAGUCAUUAGACCUCAACGUCUCUGACCUUCUCCACCGUAUCUCGUUCCUUUCUCCUCCCCCGUUGCCCUUCUUGCCCCACUCAGUCGAGUCCUCGGGGAGCUCCACCUCGCUCUGCCUUAUUUUAGCGCCACCUGUUUUGGAUGAUAAAGUAGAUUUCCAGAAAUCCUGAUAUGAGGGUUUUUUCCAGCUUGACCCAAACUGCUACAACAAAAUUCAAAAGCUUUUAUUAACUGAUUCGAGCCGAUGGUCCGGGGGCAAAAAGAAUUAUUUUAAGUAAGGAAUGGAUUACGUAUAACUCAAUCACACAGCAUUGUGAUCAACAUGAUCAAUUUUCUUUUAUUUUCAAUAGUAAAACAAAAUCUUGUCUUGCAACAAUGCUCAGCUUUGCAGCAGUAUUUGCCUCAGUCGAGUGCCUAUACGGAUGAAUCUCUAUACGUCUCUGACCCUUCGCCCCUCUGAAUCUAAAUAUUACUGCCAACCUUACUCCCACACACAUCUGUCCACCUACAGUUUCUACAGUGUCUUUCCCAUCUGCCGAAUGAAAAUAACUGAGACAGGCUCUCUCGCUGUGUGUUUGCCUCUGGCUGCAGCGUCAGACAGAUAUAAAUACUGAAACUGCUAUUCCUCGUGUGCCGUUGCUGCACACUGCCCUUAGGCCACAUAGAUUCAACAAUAUCCCACACACUGCACGGACAUACAGAAUUUGCUGUUAACGGUGAUCCAUCACUGUAGAUACGACCCUGGUUAUGUGACGUGCCAUUAGUCUUUGCCCUUUUUUUCGCCCCCUUCUGCAUCCUUUCCUCUCGCACGGAUUCCUGACUUGAUGUUUUCUUCCCUUCCUUCUGCCGAGGAUCUGCUCCCUCCUUUGGAGCUUGUUUAUGAAAAGAAGGGUCUGAUUAUUGGUUGAUUACAAGCCAAAGAUUUGCUUCUUGAAAACCUGAGGCCUAAUUCUCUAUGAAGUGUGCAGGGUAGGAAGCCUAGAAAAAAAGCUAGUAAGGUGGAAGGAAGAGAGGGGUCAUCUGGUUAUGACCCCUCUCACUCUUCUGUGCCAUUAUAUGUUGGACAAAUCACACGCAUGCAAACACACAAGCGUUGCACCAGUGCUGAUAUACAGUAUAUACUGUAUAUAUUCAGCAUCACUUAUAUUCUGAAGGAAAACACGUCCUUCCCUCCACAAUUUAACUCCUGCCUUUGUUGUAAAGCUACAGAAAAAGUAUUUAUCCCACCGUAAGCCUCCAAAACCCAGAAUUGAAAUUAUCAGUUGCAUCCGUCUAACCCUCACAUGCACAUGCUGUGAGUCUCACCUGUAACCCUCUUCUGUGUUAAAUCAAAUCUGUACUUUCUAAACUAUGCUACUACUACUACAAACGUGGGAUCAAUAAAUUAUUUCUAAAUCCA